GUGGCCAGCGGCCACCCGGGGCAACGCACCUUAGGGUGGAAGGACACUUCCCACUGACCACGUCUCCCGUCCCCACCCAGAGCCUCCCGUUCGGUAUUUUGGGGAGAAGGCACAGCAUCUUCCUUUACGUCCACUUUAAUUGAGCAUCUAGGAUGUGUGGGCGAGGCAGUCUCACAAGCAACGUGAGAGAAGCUCGUGUAGAGGUGCGAAGAGCUGGGAGCGCAGGGCGGGGACCUCGCAAAGGAGGGUGCGGGCGGGAGCCCGCCUCGCGAGCCCGGGCCACGGCCGCUUCUCCCGACCGUGACUGGGACCCGGGCAGGGAAGGUCGCUACAAAGCCUGCCAGGGCGAACCGAGGGCAGCUUUGUGGGGAGCCAUGCCAGGAAGCUUGGGAACCGUGAGCCACAAGAGAACCGCGUUGUUUUUUGAAUGUUUUGCACGCAGCCAGAGGAAGUCUGGCUCAUCCGAGUCGGCCAGCCGAGCACAUCUGGAAGUGGUUUCUGGGGCCGCCCCUCUCUGCCAGCGCAACUCCUGGGUUCCCAGCACAGAGGUGGAAGAAAUCCGAGACGCUCCAAAGUCAACGCAAGCAAAGGGGAGUGCGGGUCGGGGAGGAAUAUUCAUUUGGAAACUUAAUAUUGGCCUUGGGGCUCUCCAGCCCUUUGGGACUUCCAAUGGGAUCUUAGAAGCAGCAGAAGCAUCGUGAGGGCGGCAGCCCAGGGCCAGCCACGAUUUGAACGCUCUGCCUUGCAGCUCUUCUGGACCGAGGAGCCCAAAGCCCUACCCUCACCAUUCACCAGAAUCUGUCUUAGGAAGCUGUUCUGAGGAUCUCCAUCCCCCCAGAAAGAACUGGCCGUUGUGGAAAUCCAAUCAUAACGAUGAGGAAACUGAGAUGGAGAGAGAUGGAGUGAUUUCCCUAGGAUCACACAAUCGUAAUGGCUUGUACAAGUGGGGUUCCAACUGUUUGCCAAGCACUGUUGUUACGGUUCUUAUCUGCGUGAAUACACAUGGCUCUGUUACGAAAAAUUAAUCAGGUGCUGCUGUUCCUUCUGAUCGUGACCCUCUGUGUGAUUCUGUAUAAGAAAGUUCAUAAGGGGACUGUGUCCAAGAAUGAUGCAGAUGAUGAAUCCGAGACUCCUGAAGAACUGGAAGAAGAGAUUCCUGUGGUGAUUUGUGCUGCAGCAGGGAGGAUGGGUGCCACUAUGGCUGCCAUUAAUAGCAUCUACAGCAACACUGACGCCAACAUCUUGUUCUAUGUAGUGGGACUCCGGAAUACUCUGACUCGAAUACGAAAAUGGAUUGAACAUUCCAAACUGAGAGAAAUAAACUUUAAAAUCGUGGAAUUCAACCCGAUGGUCCUCAAAGGGAAGAUCAGACCAGACUCAUCGAGGCCUGAAUUGCUCCAGCCCCUGAACUUUGUUCGAUUUUAUCUCCCUCUACUUAUCCACCAACACGAGAAAGUCAUCUAUUUGGACGAUGAUGUAAUUGUACAAGGUGAUAUCCAAGAACUUUAUGACACCACCUUGGCCCUGGGCCAUGCAGCGGCUUUUUCAGAUGACUGUGAUUUGCCCUCUGCUCAGGAUAUAAACAGACUCGUGGGACUUCAGAAUACAUAUAUGGGCUAUCUGGACUACCGGAAGAAGGCCAUCAAGGACCUCGGCAUCAGCCCCAGCACCUGCUCUUUCAAUCCUGGUGUGAUUGUUGCCAACAUGACAGAAUGGAAGCACCAGCGCAUCACCAAGCAAUUGGAGAAAUGGAUGCAAAAGAAUGUGGAGGAAAACCUCUAUAGCAGCUCCCUGGGAGGAGGGGUGGCCACCUCCCCAAUGCUGAUUGUGUUCCAUGGGAAGUACUCCACAAUUAACCCUCUGUGGCACAUAAGGCACCUGGGCUGGAAUCCAGAUGCCAGAUAUUCGGAGCAUUUUCUGCAGGAAGCUAAAUUACUCCACUGGAAUGGAAGACAUAAACCUUGGGACUUCCCUAGUGUUCACAACGACUUAUGGGAAAGCUGGUUUGUUCCUGACCCUGCAGGGAUAUUUAAACUCAAUCACCAUAGCUGAUAUAACUCUACCCUUAAAAUAUUCCCUGUCUAGAAAUGUGGAAUUGUCUCUUUGUAGCCAACUAUAACAUUGUUCUUUAUGAACGCUACCUUUGAUACAGAUGAGCCACAAUAUAAAAACCAAAAACUACUGUGUGCAAAUUAUACCUUGGACCAUAUAGGCAUUGACUGACUUCUUUAAGUACAUGUGUUAACUAUGGAAAUCGAGAUUAUGUGACUGAAAAACAUAAAGGAACAGACCCAUCUAGAUACCAGUAAUCAAUCUGCUUAAUUCUGAAUAACAAUUAUAUCCACAAAUUUUUAAAACUUCUAAAUGUAUUUUUCACAUGUAGAUCUUUUUAACAGGUUGCCAAUCUUUUCUUUUAUAAAACUAUUGCAUUUAAAAUAUGGAUGUCUGAAAAAUAAAAUAUUCAUCAUUUUUAUGA